UUGAGCUGUUGCCGUGUGUCCUCACCCGAGUCUCCCCCCUCUCCUCCCCCCCACAGGCGCAGCGUUCCUCUCAUCCGGCCUCACUCCUGGCACCUGGCAAAGUUAUCGGAGCUGCCCCUCCUCCCCCUCCCCCCGCCUCCAUCCCCUCCGCCUCUGCCACCCUACCUCCCGUCCGGGGACUCCCCUCCACUCCCCCCUCCUCCUCCUCCUCCACCUCCUCCACCUCCACUCCCCUCUGCGAUGCAGCUCCACCCCGGCCCGUACGCACUCCCCUGGCACACAACCGACAGCAGUGACUUGUCCAUGCAGUGGGCUCAGCUGCCUAGACCUUACUCCUCCACUGACCGAAGCAGCUCCCUGGGCUCCAUGGAGAGCCUGGAUGCGCCAACACCCAGUACACAGCCCUACCAGGACUCCCACAAUUCCCCUGUCGACCCUGCCCUCUUCAACAACAAACGAGACUCAGCGUACAGCUCCUUCUCCGCCAGCUCAAACACGUCUGACUACACGACGGUGGCGCUAAGGCCUGGUGAAGCCUGCUCCAUGGAUAACCUUCUCCAGAGCUUUGUGCCGGCCUGCAAAAGCUACCCAGGUGAAGCAUCGGUGCAGCAGAAGUCAUCUGGUGAAGUCUUGGAUGAGUUGCAAAUGGUUGACUUUAAGUCCAGAUCGCUGACAAGGUCAAGACCAAGGCCCACGGUGGUGAAAGAAAGGCCCUCGUCCUGCUGUUACGAGCAGGAAAGGACGGGGGGAGGCUUUGAGAUUGUAAGAAAUGGACAUUCCGGAGAGGAGAAGAAGAAGAUCAACCCCCCGCAGCCCCCAACAAGGAAGGACAGUUUCAGGGCGACCCGAAGUCGCCCUAAUUCUGCCAGCAAACGUUGUACAUCUGCUCCAAUUGAAAACUCUGGGGUGUCUCAGUCUGAGGAAAACAAACCCUGUCUGAAUGUUGAGCCCGGAAUUCAAAAUGGCUGUCCGGCUCCCGAAAAGGCGUACCAGAUGGAGAAUUUCGAAAUUGAAACGGGCGACUCCCACUUUAUAGACAGACAGACUGAAGAAUUUGUCAGAUAUGAUAGCGGUGUGAGCAAAGACUACAAUUCAGAAUCCGCCGGGGAGAAUGUGGCUGUCCUCAAUGACUCCAUCAGCGUUUGUCCUGAUUCCUUAUCUGAUGAGUCCUCCGUUGAAGUUCCAGGACAAUCCCAUACCGCGCAUUCCCAGAACAAGCAUUCCCCCACAGUACUGCAUCGACUCACUGCCCCUGAGAAGCUUCUUGCAACACAGCUUCAGCUACUGCAGUUCAACAAUAACAACUCUUCCUUUGAGCCUUCUGAUCGCUCUUCCUCUUCCACGAGUAGCCAGUGUUCCCAUUCUUCAUCUCUCCACCUUACAGCAGAGGUCCAAGAAGCUUUGCACAGCCAGCAUCCCGCUUCUGGUAAAUGGGGAGGUAGCCGGUGCUCAACUCCAGGAUCUGUGUUCUUGGAAGGGGAUGGUGAGGAGGGAGAUUCCGGUGAAAGGCUGGAAGGGAUGGGUAUAAAUGGCAGAUCUUAUACGCCAGUUAAUCAUCACAUCUCUUGGGGUCGCUCUGUCAGCGUACCUGGUGAACCCACAGGAUCAACUCAGGAAAGGUUAAGCUCCGACCAAGUUGUAGAGAGCGAUUUUCAGCCUCUUAGUGCCGCUGCUAGUGUGGAUACUUUACUAGAGGAGAAGACUGCAUUGGACAGAGGUAAAGGUGGUGGUAGAAAGGAGAAUGGCGCACAAGAACAGGAGAGCAAAAAGAAGUCCGACUCGGCCAAGAGCCACAGAAGGAACCGGCGGCGUAGCGAGCGGUUUGCUACCAACCUCCGCAAUGAGAUUCAGCGGAAAAAAGCCCAGCUUCAGCCCAGCUUCAGCCGUGGCCCCGGAGGGCUCCUGUGCAGCGGGGAAACGGUCCAGGAGGAGGAAGGUUCGGACUUCUGCGAAGAGGAGCCCGACCCGUCCCUCCAGAAGAAAGGUGCUAACGUUGCGUCGGCCUCAUCCGUGAUCCCUCGAGACUCUCAGUCCUCAGCAGAAGUAAAGGCGUCAAACUGUGACGUCUUGCAGACCCAGUCCACGAACUGCUCUCAGAACACCAGAUCCAGGUCUGUUCAAAUAGUGGACCCGGGUGUCCCCAGUUUCGGUGUUGGAAUCAGAGUUGUGGAGGAGGUGGUACCUGCUGGCAAGGCCCGCCGCUGGCGUUGGACCCCCGAGCAUAAACUCCAGCCCGAGCCAGAUGCAGACCGGCGGGGGGGAGUCCAGGGUGAGAGAGCUCUAGGGGUCACCGGGUCGCGUCACGGAGUUUGCGCCUUCACCUCCUCCACCUCAUCCUACAGUCGCUCCUCUUCGUGUUCUCGGAUGGAGGAGUCGGAUCUCCUUCCAUUUGCUGACAGAAUGAAGUUUUUCGAACAGACCUGCAAAGCCUCGUCCGUUUCGAAUGUUUCGAACGUGGGAGGCUACAGGCAGAAAAAAGGUGCAUGCCAUCCAGAGCAGCAGGCCCGAGAGCUCGUCCCGCAUCCAAACCAUAGGAGAUACUCUUACCAGGGCGGACUGCAGCAAGUAAAUGUCCAACUUCCAAACACUGUAGAGGCAAGAAGGCAGUCUGUGAGCACCAUCAGGGAAAGGCGGCAAGAGAAAGAGAGAGAACGGGCCCGGGAAGGGGAGGAGAGGGAAGAGUGGUCAAGAGAGGAGAUGAAGCAGGAAAUGGAAAGAAAAGAGAGGGAAUCUGAAAGAGAGAGGCUGAGGGAGAUGCAACGAGAAAGGGAACGUGAAGAGAGGGUGAGACAGUGGGAGAGGGAGAGAGAGAAAGAGCUCGAAAGAGAAAGGGAUAUAGAGAGAGUCAGAAGGCAGGAAUGUCUCAGAAAGGAAAGAGAAACAGAUCUUCACAGACAAAGAGAGAAGGAAAAGCAGGAAGAUUUGCAGCUCAUCUGCUAUCAGGAGUGUUUUGGGAUCAAGGAAAGAAAUCAAGGCCUCCAACAUGGCGACAACUUCCAGACCAAGCCUCCAGUGCCGCUCUACAGUCAGAUCCAGAAUCAAGUCCCCAGGUCGGCUUUCUACCCAGUCAGUCCUUCAUUCCAGCUGGAAGACAACCAACAACCUCUGCACCAGGGAUACACAACAAGAAGCUACACACCAACAGAGGGUGGAGGAGCGGAGGUGGGAGCCCUCCUUCAUUCCUCCGGAGUUAUUGACCCACGUGAAAUCUCUCCGCAGACAUUUCACGGCCAGCUGCCGGACACGAGCAAGCUCAACAGGAAGUACAGCCUGACCGAGAGGGACUAUUCCAGUUGGAGGCGGGAGUCCAGACCCCCUCAGAGCGGCGGCCACCCGUCUCAGUGGGACCCCAGACGUAACGGCCACGCCCCGGCCCCCCCGCCGGCGCCGCUCUCCCUCCGGGGCAGAGCCGCGUCCGAAAGCGACCUCCGCUCCGACAGCGGUCAGCGCUGGUCGCCCUCCCUUUCGGCGGCCGCCAGCCAGACCCUGAGCGAGGCGGACGAGGGUGCGGGCGGCGCCGUCCCGGGACCGGCCAGGAGGAAGACGCCGCCGCCCCCGAGACCCCCGCCCCCCAAGUGGGAGCAGUUCCACCGCCGCCGCGCCUCCCACCACGCCCUCCUCUUCUCCGUCUCCUCCGCCCCUCCGGCCGCCGCCGCCCCCCCGCCGGACGAGUCCAGGCAGAGGUCCUACAGCCUGCCCCCGGAGCGGCCAGACGCCGGCGAGGCCUGCCCGCGCUGCAGCCGCGGCCAGGCCCAGACCCAGGAGCCCCCGCCCCCCCACGGCCGGCCCCCGCAGGACGCCCCGCCCAGCCCCCUGAUGUCCGGCAAGGCCUUCAGACCGCUGGCCCCGCCCCACAACCAACGGGAGGGACACCUGAUCUCGUCGGUGAUGGAGGCGCCCAGCAGUCCCGGUCGGGACAGAGGGAAGCCGCGGCCCGGCCGGAGACACGUAGCAGAGUGGGACAGAGCCCCGUCUCCCAGCGUCCACAGCAGCGUCCACAGCAGC